GUUCUCUGCUUCCUGACGUGGAUACAGGUGAUCAGCUGUCUCCGGUUCCUGCUAUGGUGGGCGGUAUCCCUGUGAAUUAUCUCCAGAGAGUCAGCGCAAAGGGGGAGGCGUGAAUUAUUCACCCCCUUUUUAAACAAGAGGGUGCUCUGCAGCUUCGCCCACUCCAGAGCCAUCUUUGAUCCUAAGUUGCCAAAAUGACUGAACCAUCACAGAAGAACAACUCCACUCAACAGGAGCUCACUAACCACUUGUUUCCAGAGAAAAGCAGUCAGAUUGGACAGAAGCAACUGCAACAGAUAGAACGGCAGCUAAAGUGCUUGGCAUUUCAAAACCCUGGACCUCAGGUGGCAGAUUUUAACCCCGAGACAAGGCAGCAGAAAAAGAAAGCGCGGAUGUCAAAGAUGAAUGAGUACUUUUCUGUGAAGUACAAGGUGAUGAAGAAGUACGACAAAAGCGGCAGGCUGAUCUGUAACGACGUGGACCUGUGUGACUGCCUGGAGAAGAACUGCCUGGGAUGCUUCUACCCGUGCCCCAAGUGCAACUCCAACAAGUGUGGGCCGGAGUGCCGCUGCAACCGCCGCUGGGUCUAUGAUGCCAUCGUCACCGAGUCUGGCGAGGUCAUCAACACCCUGCCAUUUAGUGUUCCUGACUAGGAGAUGUUAUGCAUAGAUUCACGGCUAGAUUCACCCCUCUCCUCUCUCCCCUCUCCCCUCUCCCCUCUCCCCUCUCCCCUCUCCCCUCUCCCCUCUCGCCUCUCCUCUCCCCUCCUCCCCCCUGCUCCCCUUUCUCUCUGCCUGCGUGUGCUUUGUGUGUGAGGGUGUGCAUUUGUUUGUUUUGAAACAGGGUCUUAUUCUGUAGCUCAGGCUGGCCUUGAACUUAUGGCAAUUCUCUUGCCUUAGCUUCCCAAGUUGUAUUAAUUUAGGUAUAGUACAUCAUGCCUGGCUUCUAUUCCUUCUACAUGCAUGCAUGCAUACAUACAUACCAACAAACAUUCAUGAAUGAAUGUAUGGCCCUAUAGAGAAUAUAUUUUAUAUAUGUACACUUUUAAGUCAAACUUCUUUCUCUUGGAUACGUGUUGGUGCAACAGAUGGCUGUAGACCAGACAAUCAUUGUAUAGACCCUCUCAGCUUCCUCAGCUGGUGACCACAGGCUGCAAGAGUGGACACUCAGGCUUCCUCAUUAGCAGCACUCUCAACUCUGCCUUGAAGCUACACCUCUCCCUUCUCAGGGUGUCUGGUCGAGAACACCGUAAUUUUAAGGUUUGCAGAACUCUGCAUCUGAAAAGCUGUUACCUAGAACAUACAACCAAAUGUAUGUUUUUCUUAGAAUGUCACAUAUUACUAAGAAAAGCCAACUUGUUCUUUGUACUGUAUAUCUUUAGUCUUAUUUUUUUAUAUUUUAAUGUUCAACUUAAAUUUGGUAAUUACAAUAUUUUUAUUACCAAACAUUCAUAUUGUACUAAAUUGUAUAUAGUUUACUAAAUUGAGAAGCAAAGACUUGAAUAUGCUAAAAGUCUGUGACUAACCCAUUUCCUUACUGGAUCAGUAUUUCAGGGUUUGUUUUUUGUUUGUUCUUUAAGGAAGUUAGCCUUCAGUGAUACCCAGAGUGGCUUGUAUGUUUACUAGUUGGAUGUAUGGAUGGGCAGCUGACAGAAAGCAUGACGUGGCUGGCUGUGUUCUAACAUAUGGUAGCAGGUAUCUGGAAAGUUGAAUUCGGCCUUCUAUGUACUCAUUUCUUUGUGCUCAUGUGCAAGUGUGUGUGUGUGUGUGUAUGUGUGUGUGUGUAUAUCUUUUGUGAACUUACGUACAUCAGUGCAGGUGCCUGCAGAGGCCUGCGAUGUUGGGUUCUUCAGAGCUUGCGUUACUGGCUUUUAUGAACCACUUGAAAUCAGUGCUGGGAACCACCAAACUUUUCAAGAGCAGUAUGUGCUUUAAAUAACUGAACCAUCUCUCCAACACCAAAUGUACUAAUUUUCCCCAUUUUGAGUCAGAGUUUCUUUUAUGUUCAUUGUCUGGGGGGCUCGCAAAUCCUCAGUUACUAACUUAAGGUCUGUACUGUGACUCAAUUUACAUUUGAAACGAUUUCCCAGAUGAUAUUGAUGUCACAGGCCUGGGGGCCAUGUAUGAAAAGCACUUCUUUAAGUUACAGUAGAUAUGUAAUGCAAGGAAGUAUUUAAACAGUGGGACUUAGUGACUUGGUACUAUUUUAAACCACCAAGAAUUCUGUUUUAAAUAAAUGUGAAGUGUU